AUGACUCUUCAAUUCCCUGAAAAACCUCACGGCCUCCCUCAUCCAGAGUACACCACUCCUCGUGGCGUCUCUCCCCUCCACUCUGUCCGAGAAGCAGGCCUCCAAUAUCCCAACUACACUCCAUUCAAACUCCCAAACCUCGAAGAAAAGCCGUUUACAGACCGCGGCCUGAACGCAGACCCAGCCAAAGCCAGACUCCUCAACGCAGCAACCGACAUAAUCCAUCUCACCCCAGAAAUUGGCACCGAGAUAGUCGGCCUGCAACUCGCCCAUCUCACAAACGACCAACGAGAUGAUCUCGCCCGGCUAGUCGCCGAACGAGGCGUUGUCUUCUUCCGCGACCAGCAGAUGGACGUCCACGAGCAGAUCUCGUUCGGGGCGUAUUUUGGUGAUUUGCACAUUCACCAAAUGGCAGGCAUCAUACCGGAUCUGCCAUGGGUGCAUCCAAUCUAUAAAGAUGAGACAGCCGUAAACGGACGAUCGCAUCAGAUCUGGCACUCCGAUGUGAGUUAUGAGAUUCAGCCGCCGGGAUUGACGAUGCUCAAGAUGGAUACGUUGCCUCGUGCUGGGCCUGAGGGGAGUUUGGCGGGUGGUGAUACCAUCUGGGCGAGUGGAUAUGCUUUAUACGAGUCUCUUUCGCCCAAGUUGAGGUCAAUCCUGGAAACGCUGGAAGCCAAACACAGCGGUCUUGAACAGGCAGAGAAAGCACUCCGAACAAGUGGUUGUCUCCGACGAGAUCCAAUUGAAACCAUUCACCCCGUCGUCCGCACUCACCCCGUCACAAACUGGAAAACGCUGUACGUCAACGAAAAUUUCACCAAAGAGAUCGUCGGACUCGAAAAACGCAUCGGGGACGCCAUUCUCGACACCCUCUAUCGCACCAUUGCCGAGGGAUAUGAAUUCCAGGUUCGGUGGAAGUGGACAGAGAAUGCAGUUGCGAUUUGGGAUAACCGGGCCACUUUUCAUACGGGCAUUUUUGACUACUUUCCCCAUCUUCGACAUGGGCUGCGGGUUGCUCCCCAGGCUGAACGGCCGUAUUUCGAUCCAGAGUCGAAAACGAGGAGGGAGAGUCUGGAGAAAUAG